AUGGGUAACUGCUCUUCGUUCGAUUCGUCGCAGGUUGAAACAGCUAAGGUUGUCGUACACGACGGUACCAUGAAGGAAUUCUCGUAUGCCGUGAAGGUUUCUUAUCUUUUACAAUUAUUCCCCGAGUGUUUCAUAUGCGAUUCUGAUGAAAUAGGAUUCGACGACGUCGUUUUACCCAUGCAUGAAGAUGAGGUUUUGUUACUUGGCCAGCUUUAUUUCGCGUUGCCGUUGAACCGGUUGAGGAGGCCGUUACCGGUGAGGGAAAUGGCUGCGUUGGCCGUGAAGGCUAGCUCGGCGAUUAAUAAAUGUGGGGGCGGAGAGAAAGUUGGGUGUCGACGGAAACGGGUUCUGAUGUUCUCCGGUGAAGGGAAGGGAAAGUCUGGUCGGAGAGUUUCGCCGGAACAUGGUUGUGCGGACAAUGGUGUUGGUGUUGGUAGGUCGAGGAGCGGGAGAAGGGUGAAUUAUGGUGGUGGUAGAGGGAGGUUUGUGGCGGAGUUGAGUUGCAUACCGGAGUAG